ACCCGUUCGCGCGGCGUUCCGUCAGUCUGCGACGAAACCUUCAAGUGUUAGCAACACAGCUACUAAGCAGCGCGCCAGCCAAAGCAACGAGUUUUACACCGAGCAAUCGAAUUGUUCGAUUUAUUUUUGUACGCGCACCAUUAUUACCUGUCUGUCGGCCAGUGAGUCGGCGCGCACGCGUACACCCGAACAACGUCACGUGGCGUAUUUAACGAUAGUUAUCAACCACAUACGUUCGCACCACGCACUGGAAUUUGGAAUUGCACCGGAAACAGUUUAGAUGUGUAAAUAAAUUUGGCUAAACGAGCGAGAGCCAACAAAAACAAACACACAUAUGCACAGCAAAAUGGACGACAUUAAUGCCGUUAGCAGCAAUUUCAAUAACGCCCACAACAACACAAGCAUGAGCAUGAACAUGGACAGUAACAACAGCGACGACAUGGUACGCCAAUCCGAAUCACCGGCACGCACAAUUGAUUCGCACGAUUCCACUGUCGACAGCAUGGACACGAUCGUGGAUCGCAGCGUCAAUCGCGAGGAGCUCAUGCACGCCGCCAUUGAGCAGAGCUUGAACACGACAAAUGCACAGCAUGACAGUCUCACCAACUCACAGAAAUCCAUAUUGCAACGCAACAGCAGCGGUUGCAGUGACACCGACGACCACCAACAGCAAGAGCUGAGCCCACAAAAGCAACAGCAAUUACAAGCAGACACGCAAAGUCAUAUUUACUCAAGUCCUGUGUACGAUCAGAAGCCACCGCUGAAGUUGACGGCAGCCACAUUGGUCGCCUCUGUGGCAGCCAACAACGUUGGCAAUGGCAAAAGCGUCGAUGGCGAUGACGCAAAGAAGCUGAAAUUGAUGACACACGAGGAAUUCCAACAACAAUUGCAGGCCGCUAUUGCUUCGCGUGCCAACACACUCGAUUCGCGUAUUAGCAAGAAGCAGCGCUUUCCACCGGAAUUGAUUAAAAUCAAAGAUGGCGACGGCAGCUCAUCGAAUUCGGCGAAAGCGGCGAAAUUUCAAAGACGUGCCAAAUCCAGCGCCGACUGCUGCUCGGCCUUCCCAUGGCAAAUUGUUUUGGGCACAUUGCAGCUAAUGUUGGCCAUUACGUUGGUGGCGCUCGGUUCAUUGUUGAUUGUGCGCGAAGCGGCGCUCUCCACGGCCGGUUGUGGUAUUUGGACUGGCCUGGUGGCCGCCAUUACUGGUUCGCUGGGUGUAGUUAGCAUACGGAAGACACAAACAGCGUUUCUGGCUUUGAGUUUAAUUUGCAUUGCGACCAGUACACUGGCGUUGGCUGUUUCCGGCGUGGGGCUAUCUAGGGACGUCAAUCGAAUGGAGGAAAAGUUCGACCUGUUGAAUGCGAAUAGUGAGAUAUCGGCUGCUUCCGGUCUAAUUUUGGCAUUGUUUUUACACUUUGUUGUUAGUAUUGUAUCGGUGUACAGAUGUGCGCUGCAGAUAUGUUCCAGAAAUGAAAGCACAGAUUUGCGAGAUGUUAUUAUUAAUUCCAAAACAGGCGGAGUUGCUUUGGAUCAGGAGAAGGUGGAUCAAUAUAUUAAAGCUAUGUCCCUAACUGGUAGUGAAAAGGAAAACGCCGAAAAAUUGGCAGCCAUGUGGAUGUACGCAGCACAGAUGGGCAGCUCACGUAACUUGGCACAAACGGGCGGCAAUCGACCGAUCAUGCUGAUCCCGGCUGGUAGCACGACCAUGUUGGCCACACCUCCACCUGUGCCGCCAAUGCCGGGCGCCAUGGUCGUGCCUGGCAUCCCUUAUCGCCCGCCAAUGGCCUACACGCUGCCAUACAUGCGUCCAGGCUCCGUGGUUUACGCACCCACUGGCUCUGCACCCAGUGGUACAUAUCGCACACAAAAGAGCAGCAAAUCUGCCGGACCACCAAACCGACGCCGGCGCCCUGGACCACCACCACUACGUGCUGGUAAAAUGGACGCUAACCGUCGUCAGCGACGCAAGUCCGAAGCUGAUGUCAUCGACAAUGAAGCUUUUCAGUAUACAGGGCUUGAUCGCGAUAUAGCAGACAAUUUCUUGGCGCGCCAAGAGCAGAGCAACAGCCAGCCGGGCAGUCACGUGGACUACUCGUCUUCGUCGACGACG